GAAAAAUGAAAAAAAAAACUGAAAAAAGAAAGGGGAUGUGACUUGUGAGGGAGAAAAAAAAAGGCUUGGUGGAUGAAAGAUUAGAUUCAGAUUCAGGAGGGCUAUAAACAUAAAUAAAUCUGGGGAUUGAAAGCACUCCCUCUCCCGAUUUGUUCCCCUCUCCUCCUGACCACUGCUAUUCCUGCGCUUUUUCCUCUGCGAGGGAAAGGAAAAGGGAGGUCAGGAAUCAACUUCAUUUCUCAACCUUCCAUCUACAAAAUCGGAAGACGUGAAUUUCAAGCCUUGUUCAACCAAUCGUCAAUCCAGAUCUCGCUUCUCUUCCAUCCUGGUUUGUAGAUUGGUAUAGAAAGAUGGGGCUUUCAUUCGCGAAGCUGUUCAGCAGUCUCUUCUCCAAGAAGGAGAUGCGAAUCCUGAUGGUUGGUCUCGAUGCCGCUGGUAAAACCACCAUUCUUUACAAGCUCAAGCUGGGGGAGAUCGUCACCACUAUCCCCACAAUUGGUGAUUCAAUGUUGAAACCGUGGAGUACAAGAACAUCAGCUUCACAGUCUGGGACGUGGGGGGUCAGGACAAGAUCCGACCCUUGUGGAGGCACUACUUCCAAAACACACAAGGGCUGAUAUUUGUGGUUGAUAGCAACGAUCGUGACCGUGUUGUUGAGGCUAGAGAUGAGCUGCAUAGGAUGUUGAAUGAGGAUGAACUAAGGGAUGCUGUGCUGUUAGUGUUUGCAAACAAGCAAGAUCUUCCAAAUGCAAUGAAUGCUGCUGAGAUAACCGACAAGCUUGGCCUUCAUUCUCUGAGACAACGUCACUGUUGUGAAACAAAGUUUCUCUUUUCGUCGCUAGUAGGCUUCGAGUUUUAAGAGAGACCAAGUUUACUGACUGAAAUUAAUUGGCUGCAAUAAUAAGUUGUUACUCUAGGUCUGCCUGGAGAGUCUGACUUUGUGGUAGGAGCACAAAAUUCUCCACAUUUUGCUUCCUUGUGCUGCUACUGCAUUGCUUCUACUCAAUUUUAGUGUUUCACCCUCUUGUGCACAAGUUAGCUCUGAUCAGAAACACUGGAGAUAACUUUUGUCUCGUCUUCUGCAGGUACAUCCAGAGCACUUGUGCCACAUCUGGAGAGGGACUCUAUGAAGGGCUGGAUUGGCUCUCCAACAACAUUGCUAGCAAGGCUUGAGUGUCUUUUUGUCAGGAGGUGCGAAAGUGAUUUAGCAGUGGGUUUUGUUGUUGGAAUUGAAACAUUUUCUUUCUUGUGCAUGUACUCUACUCUUAGAACUCCAGAAAGUCUGUAUGUACACUAUUGGCGAUUUUUCCAUGUUAUUUCUUUUUUCUUUUGUCCCUCGGUAUUUGUUGCUUUGAAGGAGUGAGUUCAGUUGUGGAAUAAGCCAUGGUGCAGUUUAGCUGAAUUCUUGAUUUGGUUGCCUCUUUUUUAUCUUGUUGGUGUAUUGUUGUUCCUUCUCGUUGGAUUUGAUCUUCCGCAGCUAGUAAAAACGAUUCGGGAGAAAGGCAAAUCUCGAACGCAGGAAGUUCCCACAAUACUAUAGGAUUGUUUUGUGCAAAGUUAGGUGAUUCGAGCCUGGGUUUAUUCAAGAUGAGUAAUAAUAUCAUUAGAGAGUAAAUGCCACAAUUGGUCACUGAGAUUACUAAAUCGUGUAAUGUUUAAUUACUAGAAAAAUUUAAUAUCAAUUUUGGUCACU